UGCAAGUGUUAACGAACUGUGUGUGCACGUUGCACCUUCUUUCGCACCGUACAUUGCCAACCGUGCUAAUCGGAGGUGCGGGGGAAGGACAAUAAACUCAACACAAAAAUCAGCUCGAGAGAAAUGCGUUUGUCAAUCUCGACGACUUCAAAGUGCACAGCUCCGCUUCCUCACAUCUCACGGAAACGCGUUCCACACGGCCGCAGAAGCGCGUCUGAAAGAGGCGACCUGCCCCCCUCACGGGCGUGCCCGCGGUACGGCUCGGGGACACUCCAAGUGGCGCGCCGGGUGAUCAACUCGGAGGUCCGGCGCGUUGCUAACCACUCCACUGUCGCGUCGGGGUGGAGCACGUGGCUCGCACUGCGGAGGCAGCCGUGAGGGUUGGUGGAUCACGCGCGCGUCGUCGUCGCCGCCCACGCGUCCGCGGGGCCAUGUCGGCGAGCGGUGCUGGCCGCCCGUCCCCGCCGCCCGAGGUGUUCCGCUACUCGGACGCGGAUCUGCGGAGCGGCGCCUCGGGGCGUCGCUUCGACGAGGCGCUGCUGCGGCUGUGGGACGAGCGCAUGGAGGCCGGGGGGGUCUUCCGCUACGCGCUGCGCGCGCCGCCGCCCACGCGCCGCCUCCCGGGGCCCUUGGGCCUCCUCGUGCAGCUGAACCCCGAGAGGACCGCCCUGCGCCGGCCCGCGCAGGACGCCCGGCGCCUGGACCAGCCCUUCCAGCCGGAGCUGUUCAACUUCACGCGCGUCCCGCCCGCCGAGAUCCUCCUGGAGAUGCGGCGGAGCGACGACGUGGCCGAGUCGCCGGGCGACCUCGUGCUGGUCAACGCGAGCCCUAUCGAGCGCGGCCACGUGCUGCUCGUGCCGGCGCCCGGCCUGCGCCUCCCGCAGGCGCUGACCGAGCGCGCCGCCCGGCUCGGCGUCGACGCGCUACUGCUGAGCUCGCGCCGGGGCCUGCGCGUGGGCUUCAACUCGCUGUGCGCCCUCGCCUCCGUCAACCACCUGCACCUGCACGCCUACUACCUGGAGCGCGCGCUGCUGGCCGAGCGGGCGCCCGCGGCGGCGGUGGAGGAGGGCAGCCCGCUGCACGAGCUGGGGCCGCCCUCCCACCCGGCGCGGGGCUUCCUGCUGUACGAGGAGGAGGCGAGCGCCGACGCGGCGGGGCGGCUGGCGCGCCGCCUGCACGCCGUCGCCUCCCGCCUGGCGCUCCGCGGCUACGCGCACAACGUGUUCGUGUGCCGGGGGGCGCCGCCCGGCCCGCCGCGGCCGCGCGGCGACGGCGGCGUCGCGCCGAGCGGGGUGCGCGCGCUGGUGUGGCCGCGCGAGCCGUGCCCCGGCGCCAAGGAGCUGGCGCCCCGGGCAGAGGAGGAAGACGGCGCCGCGCGGUUCAACGUGGCGCUGUGCGAGCUGGCGGGGCACGUGCCGCUGGCGAGCCGCCGCCUCUUCGAGACGAUCACCGAGGCGCAGGCGGCCGGCGUCAUCGGCGGACACUCGCUCGCCGAGCAGCCGUUCCGAGCGCUGGCCCGCGAGCUGGCGGCGCUGCUCCGGGAAGACGCCGCCGCGGGGACCGGGGACGACCGCCGCGGAGCGUGCGGCGCCAGCGACGAGGGGAGCGCAGCGUGCGGCGCUAGCGACGGGGGUGGCGCAGCGUGCGAACCUUGAGUCGUGUUCUGUGCCAAUUAGUCGUGGACAGAAACUUGUGAUGAGCUGUGCAGGUGCAUGCUGGGUAAUGAGAGAUGUAAAUAAACGUUGCGUUUCACGACGCGCCAACACAACCUGCCGGCCUACUGUCCCACUCGCCUCAUCUUAAACCGCAAGUAGUUGUCCAAGCGGAUUCUGUACAGGUUUUGAUCUUCUGCGUCUCAGCAGCAGUUCGAACAAGAGCAAUAUUACGAUUCGCAAAUGCUUCCUGGGUUAGAUUGCGUGAAUACAAUGCCAAUGUGUGCCUUGCACCCUCCUCCACCUGACACGGCCAAAGAAAUUAAGCGGCGACGCGAACAGACACGCCGCUUGCUACGGCUGUGUUGGACGUGUGUGGAUCGCUGUACCCACGUACCGGUGCACUGAGAAACCAUAAUGCUAUUCACCACGCGCGCGCACGCGUUCACGCGAUGGCCUCAUUUAUUUGGCUGUGUCGGGCAGAGGAGGGUGUACGACACAACAUUGGCAUUGUACUCGCGCGGUGAUCCGACCCCCAAAAUAAAUCCAUUUCGAAUCGUAACAUCUGUCGCGAAAGCCCACCUCUUCUCUCGCCAAUUCACAGCUGUCAACCCCUUAUCUGUGCCUACCUUCUUACAAACCAACUCAGACCAUAUUGGUCACCUAAUGCCCUUAGAAAUCUCAACGUUCAUCCUACAAAAUACCAUCACAUUGGAGAAACAAAAUUUUUUUGCCCGGAUUGAAACGGUUGUACGCCGUAUGGACCUCAAAUCUAAUACUUCCCUGCACAAGAAUACGGGGUAAACCAUAUGUGUUGAGAGCUAUGCCAAUGCUCUUCCCCUCCUACAAACUACCCUCUUAUCGCUGUGACUCCAACCUCCAUCCUUGCACUCCCGCUGCCAUCCAAGUCGUUGCAUUCUGUGUCACCGUUUUUGUAAGCUGCGUGAAGCGCCUAGAUGCAUGCUCGCACACACGCUCGCACGCACGCUCGCACGCACGCACGCUCGCACGCACGUUCGCAUGCACAAGAAUCCACUCCACGGCGCCGUUCAGCUGGCGAAUACAAAAAUAUUUAUUGAGAUUCGGGGGGCUCCCGCGAGGCGUGGGUACAAAUCCGCCCCCUGCCCCCUUCUUCCCGAGUCGCGGGCGUUCAAGGACGUUUCACAAUCGCGGGGCGCGUGCGACUCGU